AUGGAUUCCUUACCAGAUGACGUUUGGUUGGAGGUGUUUUCUUUUCUUCCUCAGAAAGAUCUUCUCAGAGCUGCUCUUGUUUGUCGGACCUGGAAAAGACUGUCACGUGACAGCUCUCUCUGGUCAUGCCUUGAUCUCCAACCGUACGCCAGAUCGGUCAGAGAGGAUAUUAUACUGAGGGUUUUGAAUACCGUGUUUGCACCCCUCGGUAGACAACUCAACCUCAGUAAGAAUUUGGUGACCACGGAGAUUUUAAAAACCAUAUUUGAAACCUGCCAUCGACUGCAAAGUUUAAGUCUGAACAACAGCAGAUUCCAUUCUAUCGGGCCUUGGCUUGAAAGGACAGUGGAUCAGGUGGAAACCUUAAUAUUUCUGGAUUUAAGAAACGCAAGUGGAUUUGCUGCUGGAAUUGAGGAUAUCUUGCAAAAAGCAUACAACUUAAAGUAUCUAGGUAAGUAAAUCGGUCUCUUUGUUUAGCGCAGAUAACAAGGAGAAGAUGUAUUGAUCGCUUGUUACUAGCAAAUUUUUUCAUUGGUAUUUCCCAAAGUAAGACGCUUUACUGAUCUAACAAUUCAUCGAUUUUCUUCAGAUCUGGCGUCCCUUGAGUUGUCGCAUUGACAGGGUUCAUUUUACGAGCAUUUAAUAAACUAUUAUUGGAUGAUGUUUUUAUGUUAAAACUUAUAGAUACCUUAACUUUAGACUUGCUCACAUGUCGAGCACGCGGUUUUUCUCGAGCGCAAAGCUCAGGCUAGAAAUUCUUUAUGUUUUCGGCGGCAAAGCGAGCGACGGAGAGAGCUGGAGUCUACUACCGGAACCGGAAACAAGAAGCGAUGGACUUUGAGAAAGUCUACCGUAACUGUUACCGAUAACCUCCCAAAGAAACGAAUUUCUUGAUUAGUGUUUUAUUGUACAUAAUUUUUAAAAUAACGCACGGAACACAGUUCAUUAUUUCUCAUAAAAAAAGGAUAGAAAGUGUAAAAAUUCAGCUUGGAAAUCAUGCAUUCCACGCACAACCCACAGAUUCACAUAAAUUUGAGCUAAUGCAGAAAGCGUAGUACGAUGUAGCAUAAUCACAAUCGUCAAUCACCUCAUGGAGAUGGAAAGUAAUUCUGACCUCCACGCACAUGAAGAUGAAUGUCAGCAAAUAUCGAUAGGCUUACUUUUUCCUGAUUGGUCAAACUGUGUGACAUUUUUCGAUCAAUGAAACAAAGCAGACAAAUCGCCAAAUUGAUUGAACAGUUAGCCAGACCAGUCCACCCGUAGAGAGAAUUUCUCUACUAAUCAGCACUAUCCCAUCAAGCUCUUCCUCAGGGUCUUCCCGCCCCUCCUAUUUUCUAUGGAAAAAGCCCUGGGAAUGAGGUAAGCAUGGCUUAAACUCCUUAAUUAGGCUGAGUUAUAGGCGUCUACAGUUAUUUCGAAAAAGGUUGUCGGAAAAAGUGCACGCGACAAUCCCGAAAGGUAUUGUGGGUGGUUUUGAGAUCACUGUUCUUGAUAGAAAUUUUGAAAGGAUGGCACGAGAGGCGAUGGACCAUGUUUCCGAGUGCUAAAGCGAAGCAGCAAAAGUAGGUUGGACAGCUACAAUGUCAGAAACAGUGUAUGGGUCAUAUCCCAUAUUACCUUUCUGGAAUACCGCGUGUACUUUUUUCCGACAACCUUUCUCGAAAUAGCUGUAUACAGAAAAGGGAAAGGCGCGCAAGAACUUAUGUACUUUAUUGGUACUUGAUGUCGCGGGUCUUUCAUUUCGCGUUUUUCUCGAUUGUUAAGAAACUGCGAAAUUAAAGACACACCGAAUUUAAAUCCUCGCGAAAUUUAAUACCCGUGUCGAGAAUUCACUGAAAAAAAAUUAAAAUAGCAAUGUUAAUGUAACAACCAAUGUAUCGAUAAGUAAAAAAAUCUGGUUUUAGUUUUUUUCAGUUUCUUUUUGUAUCUUCGAUUGUGACAACGUUUUAACUCUUAAAGGUUAAUUUGUAAAUAGGUGUUUUGCUUUUUCUAGUGUUAAAAGGAUAUUUUAAAUUAUGCACUUUGCUUUUUCCAAUUUGUUUCGAAAUUUAAGAAAGUUCAGAGUCAUUUCGAAAAAUAAAAUUAAGUUGAGUAAUUCAAAAACAGGCUUAUUGCUCGAACUAAAAAUUGCUCCAUCUUCUUUUUAUUUUCGUUCUGCAGGUCUUCACUGUUGUAUCAGUCCUCAACUGUUUAAAAGCAUAUUCAGCAGAAAACACCAGCUCCGUAUCUUAGACUGUACUCAAUGUGACUGGGUCACUGAUGAUAGUAUCCAGAUUGUUGCUGAGAACUGCCCCUUUAUGGAAUCUUUAACGCUCGCAAAGUGUCGCAACAUCCAAGGGAAAUCAUUACCAAGUCUAUUGAGCAAUUGCCCAAAGCUAAAGACGCUCAUAUUAGAAGGUACCCAGAUAAAAGACGAAUUCUUAGGAACAGCCGACUGGGAAAACACCAACAUCAUCGAGUUAAAUGUGCUAAGCUGUUAUCGACUGUCAUUUUCCGGCCUUUCAGCGGUAUUACCAAAACUAAAGCGCCUGCGCUACUUGAAGUGCGCGCUGGCCGACGAAAUUCUCCGUCUCAUAGUGAACGGCUUUCCGUUGUUAGAGGUUUUCUUUCUUCAUCGACGCUAUCCAGUUACCGUUCAAAGCGUCAGUGAUUUGCUCUUUCACUGUCCGAGUGUCACGUGCUUGGAUAUUUCAUCUAUUCUAUUGGCGUUUGUUUAUUUUGAGACUUUUUUACGCCGUAUGCCCCGGCUUCAACUGUUAAGCUUUGCAGGCAACGAACUCUUGGGGACAGAAAACAUUAUACUUUCGCUUGCAAGAAAUUGCAUUGACUUACAAGUGAUAUGUGUUAAUUAUUUUCACUCGACAGAUAACUUCGAAAUCGAGCGCUCCUUUGUAUUUUUGCUUCAAAGAUGCCGUAAGCUCAAGGAAGUUAUUUUAAACGGUUUGUUCGUGAACAAUUUAGUUGUUUCUAUACGGAGCUUAGGGUAUUAUGUGUGCGAUAGAGACGACAUAUUGGUAGCAGAAAAUAAACACUUUUUUCUUCCCGGACCUCAAAACAGUCUUGAUAAUGUCAAGUUAUAG